AUGAGCAAAAAAGGUCAAUCCCAGUUCAGCCUGAACUCUGAGAAAUCCCGCCUAGGAUGGUACGAAGCUUGCGAGCGUUGCAGAAAGCGCCAUAUUCGCUGUCAACGCAAGGAGGCCCAUCUCCCCUGCCAUAACUGCAAAAAAGCAAAGACCAAGUGCUCCGGCGGCAAGGGCUCUGUCUUUCGUGCGGUGCACUAUUCCUCUGAGUCUGGGAAGAUUACGCAUACGCCGUCACGGUACAUGUCCGCGACGAGUAUCGACAGAUCGCCUUACCCUGACUCUGCUGCGACGGAUCAAACUCCGUCAUCACCUACAGGCCCUAAAACCUCCGAGCGAGAUCCAGAGCCGAUAAGUCCUAGGUCGCCAGAGGUACCUUAUGAGGACUCAUUUACGGAUACUUUGACAAGGGACGACCCUGUUUUACGCUGCGAGACUGCAGAUUUGGAAUCACCGCCCAAUCGGACCGAUAUACCUACGGCAGAUAUCUCGCACAGAGAUUUAUCGGCGGACGAAAGCCAGCUUGCACUGUUUCAGCCGGACUUCCAAACGUCGACCCCGUUCUCCGUUCUCUCCCCCUCCAGUCAGAACACUCCGUUGUGGCCCCUUAGGACAGAGUACGAAGCAUCACUUUUUCAAUACUUUCUUGUCGAGCUUUCACCUUGGUUUGACUACUGUGAUCCGCAAAAGCAUUUUCGCAACCAUGUUGCCAAUGCUGCUGCCGCCGAUAGGACACUCUUAUAUGCCAUCUUUGCUGUAUCCGCACGGCACCAGAGCGCCUCUUCAAACCGACUGAGUGUGUUUGCAGAAGAGUGUCAGCAAAGCUGUCUGAACUCUCUUAUCUCUGCUUUAAACGACUACGACACAACAGUUGGAGAAAAUGUUUUUGCGUCAGCCCUAAUUCUCCGGCUUAUUGAGGAAAUGACAGAACCAUACCCAGGAGUAGAUACUGUUUCCCACACGCUUUCUGCUCAACUCUUAAUCCGCAUAAGGGCCGGCAAUAUCACCACAUCCAUAAUCACAGACGCUGCUUUUAUCAUCACCUUACGCCAGGAGAUAUUUGUAGCAAACCUAACCCAACGACCAGUCGGAUCAAUCACCGAACACUGCAACAUCGACACAUCUUUAAACCCAGCACCCGAGCCAAUGUGGGCUUACAGAGCCAUUGCACUGGCAGCCAGGGCGACCGAUUUUGCUUACGAUGAUAACCAAUCUCGAACGAAGGAGCUUUGGGAGUCUUUAAUGCAAUACCUUCACGACUGGGAAGCCAUGCGGCCUCCCUCAUUCCACCCGAUCUUCUGCAAAGACCGAGAGCACACGUCCAAUCCUUUUCCUAGGCGAUGGUUUUGCAGCGACUACCACGUCGCCGCAAGUCAAUAUAUAGAGCUCUCCCGCAUUCUCCUGCUUGCGUCGGACCCGGACACCUGCCAAAUACGCAUCGGCAGGCUGGGUCAGCAGGGCCGGAGCCACGACGAAGCUAUUCGGGAAUCAGUACGGUUGAUUUGUGGGGUGGCUUUGUCUAAUCGGCAGUAUAUGGGCGCGCGGUCAGUGGCUGGGCUGGUCAUCUCUAUGUGCGGUGAACUGUUUUAUAAUGCGCAUGAAACUCGUGUACUUCUCGAACUGCUUUCUGAUGCGGAAUCGCACCUGGCUUGGCCGUGCUUGAAGCUGAAGGAAGAUUUGAAGCGGCUUUGGAGGUUGUCUGACUCUAACUGA